UGUGUGUGUGUGUGUGUGUGAACUGUGCUUCGGUGGCGGUGAAGUUUUAGUUUUUGAACUUUACUUUCGAAGGGUGGAUGUCAAACAAAAUUAACAAAAGCUUUUGAAUUUUUAUCUACAGUGAAUCUUGAAGCGGUGAAUGCACUGUGCAACUCGCUUUGCAAAUCGCAAGUGAAUAAUUUUCGGUAUUGACAGCUUAUAAGUAGUACAAGUAGGAUACUCAACAUCAGACAUGUCUCAUCGUAAGUUCAGUGCUCCUCGACAUGGUUCUAUGGGCUUUUAUCCAAAGAAGCGUGCCCGAAGACAUCGUGGUAGAGUGAAGUCUUUCCCUAAGGAUGAUCCUUCGAAACCAAUCCAUUUGACAUCUUUCCUUGGCUACAAAGCUGGUAUGACUCACGUUGUUCGAGAAGCGGACAGACCAGGAUCUAAGGUGAAUAAAAAAGAAAUCGUUGAACCUGUAACCAUCAUUGAGACUCCACCAAUGGUCAUCGUUGGAGUUGUGGGCUAUAUUGAAACUCCUCAUGGCUUGAAAGCUCUGUCUACUGUGUGGGCUGCGCAUCUUUCCGAAGACUGUAGAAGACGAUUCUAUAAAAAUUGGUAUAAAGCUAAGAAGAGGGCUUUCGCAAAAGCUUCUAAAAAGUGGCAAGAUGGUGCCGGUCUCAAAGCGAUUGACAAAGAAUUAGCUAAAAUUUCUAAAUACUGUAAAGUAGUUCGUGUCAUUGCCCACACUCAGAUGAAACUGUUGAAGUUCCGUCAAAAGAAAUCUCACAUCAUGGAAAUCCAAAUUAACGGUGGUACAGUGCCUGACAAAGUACAAUGGGCUAGAGAACAUUUCGAGAAAGCUAUUCCGGUUUCUCAUGUCUUCGCCCAAGAUGAAAUGGUUGAUUGUAUUGGUGUAACGAAAGGAAAAGGAUACAAAGGUGUUACUUCUCGUUGGCAUACAAAGAAAUUACCUAGAAAAACUCACAAAGGAUUGAGAAAAGUCGCUUGUAUCGGUGCAUGGCAUCCAAGUCGUGUGCAAUUCACCGUUGCUCGAGCAGGUCAAAAAGGUUAUCAUCAUCGUACUGAGAUCAACAAAAAAAUUUAUCGUAUUGGACAAGGAAUUCACACUAAAGACGGAAAAAUAGUCAAAAAUAACGCGUCGACUGAAUACGAUUUGACAGAAAAAACAGUGACUCCUAUGGGAGGAUUCCCUCAUUAUGGUGAAGUGAACAACGAUUUCAUCAUGAUUAAAGGUUGCUGCGUUGGACCUAAAAAACGUGUCAUUACCCUCCGAAAGUCCUUAUUGGUUCAUACCAAACGGUCAGCCUUGGAGAAGAUCAACUUGAAGUUCAUCGAUACGUCAUCUAAAUUCGGUCAUGGCCGCUUCCAAACUGUUGCUGAUAAAGCUGCUUUUAUGGGUCCAUUGAAAAAGGACAGAAUCCGCGAAGAAGAAAAGAUAACCAGUGCAUAAUUUAGUAUUUUGUAUGGCUGACAAAAUAUAAUGUCAAAAUUGA